AUCGACACAUUCUCCAUCCAAUACGAGUCGGCGUCGUCAUGUUUCCUCACUUAGUUACCUCAAAGUGGUUUCGCCGAUUUCAUUUUGUGCAUUUAUCUGGCUGCCCUGGUGCCUUCGCAUGGAUGACAGAUUGAAAUCCUUUUUCCGUGUGGUCACGUUUACCGUUCCCUCUGAACUCAAGGUUGGAUUCCUCCCAAAAAAUUACUGUGGACAUCAUACGUCUCUGUUGUAUCACUUGUCUGUCCAGCAAUACAUCACAGCAGCCUGGCAACGGUAGGAGCCCGUAAAAUUUGUGGGAGUUUGUCCGUAAAUCUAAGCGAUCACCCGUUGCGGGCCUUCCUUCCGACCUGCAUGGAGAUAGGGGGACAAACCGUUACCGGUUGUGAUUUGGUUAUAUAAACCCUGGUAUAACAAUCUGCAAGGUAGUGAAAUACCUCCCCGUCCCGAUGGCCUUGACUGCCGAGGAGCACAGUGAAGCAGUUUUUCUGUUAGGUCCAUGGCUUAUUGGCUGCUACCUAGAGGUCUUCCUGCAAGGGAUCUUGUGUUGCCAGUUUUCGCAUUACUGGAGUUGGUAUCGCGAUGACAAACGGGCCAUAAAAUUGGCUGUCGCUGGCCUAAUGCUUUUGACGACACUCAAAUCUAUACAGUCAUUCGCUCUCAUAUGGAUCCAAAGCAUUUUAUAUGUUAAUGAUCUUGCCGACGCCAUCAAUUUAAAUUACACCGCGUGGUGGCAAUCGUAUAACUCCCUCUUCGUCGCCUCCAUCGGUAUAUAUGUACAAGCCUACUUCUGCUAUCGGCUCUAUGUCAUAUCUAAAGGACCUUGGGUCGUUACGCCAAUCGCAGUAAUCUGCGUAUAUGCUUAUAUCUCCAUGGCCGUGGCAUGCUACUACAUUACAAAGGUUGACGAGGCAGCAAUUGGGAAAUGGUUUGCAUCACAUCUUGGCUCCGUUUUUGCCGCAGAUUUCACAAUGACAUUUGCCACGGCGUUUUUCUUGAUCCGCUCAAAGAAAAACGUUCUUCCUCAAACUGUUGGCUUGAUUACCGCCCUCGUGCGCUUGACAUUUCAGACCGCGGCUCCGGCUUCAAUUUGUGCUAUGCUUAAUCUCAUUUUUUCCCAAAUAUACUCGGGUCAGGAUAAGCUCGUAUCGACGGCCUUCAACCAGAUCCUUCCAAAACUGUAUGCGAUUUCGAUGAUGUGGACACUAAAUGCUCGUCGAAAUAUUCGCGCUGCAUCGAGUAGAGGGACGAACAGCCAUGAGCUGUCAUCUUAUAACCGAUCGCGCCGUCGGAAUGACGUAGAGCUGGGCGGAUUCAGUGGAGCCGGGAUUCAAGUGAGGACUGUGCAAGAGACUAUCAAGCAUAUUGAUCUGGAGGAUAGCGGCCGGAUGAAGGAUGCUUCUGAUUUGAGAACAAACAGAGUAACCGCUAGUGACGAUUACUCUGACUCUUACGACAAGGUCGUUGUGUAAAUUUCCUUUCGCUUCUGUUUAUUUCGUCAUUCAUUUCUUGGUGAUUUCUUGGUUGUUUAUAGAAGAGCUGCCAGCGCCCUAUACAAUAGAUGUACAAAUUACGGAAACGUAGAAUAAUCGUAAAUGAUAUUCAGUGUAGUCCGUGAAACUACCACCAACGCCGAAUACAACAAAAUUCUCUGUAUGAGGAUACGCGACGUUAUUCACUGGGAGGAAUCGUCUUUGGAAUCGAGGGCGGCCAGCUUAUCUACCAGAU